ACGCAUUUCGACAUGCUCUCUGUGCCAUCGGCAAUCCACCUGCAGUCCUCUAUCGCGGCGCCAACGGCAAUGUCUAAACGCGACGACGCGAGUCUGAGCGCGGGACAAGGCCUCCAUUCGCAUACGGACCCCCUCGACGGCUCGCUUGGCCCGUUCCUGGCCACUUGCGCCCUCAUCUUCGUCGUUGUCCUCGCCGUCGCUUCCGUCUUCUGGGGCGUCCACCGCAGGACACGCCUGCGCAUCCUGCCCCAGCAGACGUCUGACGUCCCCACCGCAGAGUCGCGUCUCUCGCUGCUCUCCGUCGACCCGGGCAUGACGCUCCCACCGAACCGGCUCCGCAUCCGCUCGCCAAUCCAGCGCCUGCGUCUCCUGCGCGACUCUAGCAGCACCAUCCCGCUGUGGCACAGCCCGCCGAAGACGGCGACACCUGGAUUCGCCGUGCCCGACAUCGUGCUCUCACGUCCCUCCCCGAUGCCGCACUCGCCAGUCAGCCCUAGUCUUACUACGUUCGCUCCUCCGAGUACGAUAUCUGUCGACAGUCUGCGGGUGCCUGCGGCCAGAUGUACCGCUGCGAAGCAUUCGCCCAAGCCUACGCCUCCAGUCUCACUCGUCCCGCCGUCUGAUGCCACCAGUCAGCCUCAGCCCCAGCCACAAUUUCCUCUUCGUCCUAGGACUCAGCCACUUGCUGCGCACCAACCGCUCAAGCAGAUCAAAGCUGGCAGUCCUGCAAAGAAGGCGUCGCCUGCGAAGAGUCCCAAGAGGGUGCGGAAGGCCGGGAUCCUCGGAAAGGAGAACCAGCGUCCACAGGCGCAGACGAAGGCAAAUCACACGCGGAAGAUCUUUGGCUCAAGGGAUGAUACUUGGUCGCAGAUUCUGUAGUUUGCAUCUCGUCGGUGUCACUUGCUUCAUGGCUUCUCUUGCUCGGCUUUCUCGAAGGGAAGGCUCUUUCGUCAUUCUUGUUUCUCUGAUCGAACUUGUGCUACGAAAUGUGUCUUCAGUAUUGCAAUCCAUGUCAUGUUAUGCCAGCAC